ACAUUUCCUGCAGCGAUUAAACAAGCUAGCAUCGUGUGCUAACUGGAAACUGGAUAAAUUGCAAAUUGAAUAGCAUUUGGUUUGAAAGAAGAACUCAAAGAGGUGAAGAUGAUUCGUGCACAACGAAAGCUGCAUGGUCCUAAUCCAGUUCCCAAUCUGUGCAUGCUUUCUCUGCCCCAACGUCCCCGGUUAAUGAUGAUGCACCCAGGGACAAGAAUGCCAAACAGACAGUUAGGAGGACCUUCUGCUGCACACAUUGUUAGACCAGGAUCUACCAGUUCGCUUCUUGGUGCCUACCCUGCAAUAGCCAUACCAAGAAUGUCAGGAAUGUCGGCGGGUCGUGUAAAGCGAUUGCCAGCAUCGGGUUUACCCACUGGGGUCAGGCAAUCACUCCUCGGGCCACCUCCUGUUGGUGCAUCGUUAAGAAACCCACAUGGAGGUUUUGUACCAGGACAUCAGGCUCAUCCACGUGUAACAUAUGUAAAUAAGUUUGUCUCUUCAAACACUUCUCAGAGAAAGAGGGAUAAUGGCUAUUUAGCAGUGAGUAAAACUAAUGGACUGCUGAGCAAUAUCAAAUCAGACACAAAGACUGAAAAUAUGGAAACGGCUGUGGCAGGAAAUCCGGCCUCAUCCUCAGAACAAACAGAGCCUCCGGUGAAAAAGCAGAAGAAUCCGGGAGAUGGCAACCUGGUUGAGGAGCCCAAAGACGAGGAUGCAGAGGAAAAAGUGGACACCAAUUCAUUCGUGCUGCAAAAGCAGGAUGAGGAGAAAGUCCCAUCUCUUAAAACUGAUGAGGAUCUGGAGCAGAGCAGAACAGCAGAGGUCCAUGCUGUAGGCACGUCUCUCAAGGUGACCAUACAGCAAAGCAGUGAGAGCCGGGCCUUCAGCACAGGCACGGAGGAAACAGCAGCUGCGACAGGACCAAGCACAGACAUGGAAAAGAGCACGAAUGCAGGCACAUUCUUUUGCUAUAUCUGUAACAUCACCUGUCCUGACCAGCAGGAAUUUCAAACUCACAUGAUGAGCCUGAAACAUCAGCAGAAGCUGAUGGAGAUUCACCACCUGAGUAACACCUGCCUGGCUAAGCUGCUACCCAAAACACAACAGAUGCUACAGGGGACACAAAGAGAGAAGGGGCAGUCCAUGCAGCGCUGGUGUGCCAUCUGUCAGUGCCAUUUCACUUGUGACAUUAUUAAACACAGAAGAACAAGGAUGCACAAGAUGGCAAAGGCCUCCUCCAGGCCGUUUUGCACAGUUUGCGAGAGGCACUUCAGAACUCCCCGAAAGUUUGUGGAACACAUGAAAUCCCCUGAGCACAAACAGCAGGUUGAGGAGCUGAAAGAGGAAGGAGGACCUGAAAUGAUGGAGGAACUCAUAACCGUAGAUGCAAUUGGCUGCUUUGAAGGUGAGGAUGAUUAUGAGAGAGAAGAAAAUGAAGAUGAGGAAGAAGACAUGGAAUCUGAACAGCAGGUUAUUCCAGAGGAGCAAAGUGAUGAUAAAGAAUAUGAUCCGGACACACAGUACGGAACCAGUUUUGUAGUGCCAGUUGCAGGCUUCUUUUGUAAACUCUGCCAAAAGUUCUACCACUAUGAGUCCAGAGCUCAGGAGAUGCACUGCAAAUCUUUCACGCACUACCAGAACUUACAGAAAUACAAGGCCUCUCUGAAUCCAGCGCAGGAGAAUGAGGCAGACAUAGCCAGCUCCUCUGGUGAAGUGGCAAAUGUAGACAAUGUUAGUGAUUGUGCUGAAGAAAUGAAAGAGGAAUGUAAAGAGGAACAGACAUCUGAAAGCCAGUCUGAUCCCAUUACACAUCCAAAAACUGACCAGUCUGCAUCCAUACCAAAUCCUGUUGUGGCUGGGAAUCAUCCGGCUUCUAAAAAACCCUCUGAUAGUGGCUCUCCUGCACAAAGAAAAUCAACAAGAAAGUACAAGAAAACAUGAGCAGUGAUAGCUCAGUGGUUAAGGUACUGGACUAGUAAACAGUAGGUUGCUGGUUCAAGACCCACCACCAAGUUGCCACUGUUGGGUUCCUGAGCAAGGCCCUUAACUCUCAAAUGCUCAUUGUGUUCAGCUCAUCGUGUAAGUCACUAUGGAUAAAAGCGUCUGCUAAAUGCUGAAAAUGUAAAAUGAGCACCUCCUUGAUGUUUAUGCUUUUGAGUAGAAUCUGUACUCAAAUCCAAUAUGUUAGGCUUUUUGAUUUUGGUAAUGUAUAUACAGUAUUUUCUACUUUAGUAGUGUUAUCUUUGUAGUAAACUUUUUUUGCAGUGUGCUGUGUAGCUAAUAUACAAGGGGAACCUUGACAGUAAGAACAAAACGGAAUAAAUAUAGUAUGGUAGUAAUGACUAAAAAUAUUAGGGUUCCUAUUUUCUAAUAGUGACUGUGAGUGGCUAAUCCUACUAGUGGAUUUACUCCAGUAACUACAAAUACUGCAGAAAUAACCAGAAAGUACUACAAAACAACCGACUACUAAAAAUAACUGUAAUACCUUGAUAAUUCAAAGUAUAAGGUGGUGUAACUGCCUUUGUGUGUUAAGUGUAAUUCUACAUUUUAAUAAGGGUUUUGGUGUUGUGUGGUGUAUGAAAUUUAUGUAUUUUAUGCUAAAGUUUUAAAAUGCAAUAUUUUAAAUGACAUUGUUUAAACAUAUUUUAUUUAAAUAGUAAAAUAUCAGCUGUUUUUGUCACCUGUUUUUAUCAAUUAAAUUGGCCAGUGGGGUAGCUAGCUGGACUUAUAAAUUUUGCGGAGCAGUAGACUGGCUAUAUGGCUUAUACACCUACAGUACAUGAUAGAUGUACAAGAUGGUACAAGGUAUACAUUUUUAAUAAACUGUGUGUAGACGUUUUUGUAUUUGUAUAUGAUGAUUUUAAAUUCUUUGUAGGAAUUGUAUGACUAGUUUAUCUUUUUAAAUACACAGUUGCAAUUGGAAAUAUUUAGCCUCCCUCACCUCAGAUAGAAUAUUUAUUGAUACAUCCAUAAUUAUGAAUAACAUUCCCACAUCAUCAAUGACCCACAUACAUCAUUGACUGUUGGGAUAGUGUUUUUCUGGCUUUGCCUUUUUUGUGCCAGAUAAACUAAUGAUUUAUCUGGUCAAACAGUUGUAGUUUCUAUUCUUCACUCCAUAAAAUUGUUUCAGAUCAGAAUUAUUUUAUGUAGGGGUUGAAUGAUUGUGACAUGGCAGCAUUACCAAAAUAUCCUUCUAAUGUAAAAUACUACUUGUUCAUUUGCUGUGUUAUUCAGCUGAUAAAGACCUUAUGUAAAGUCAAAUCUGACUCUGCAUUAAAGUUCACAUAAAUCCUUGUUUUCUUUGUGGUUGUAAUAUUUCCGAUUACAAUUGUAUUUGCUUUUUGAUCUUUUUUCCACUGUAAAGUCUGAU